AUAAUGCUUCAUGCACACCAGAAUGUGAUAUAUGUUGAAUGCCAGACUGUAUGCUCACUGCAUUUUACUGUACUCUAAGUGGGUGCUGAAGCUGGGUGGUUUAGGGUUGUUCUGCAAUCAAAAUAAUGUUCAACCUCUCAAUGCCAACAACACUGUUCAAAGGAGAGAUAUCAUUGUUGAGAGGCUGACAGACUGCUGUAUGGUUGUCUGUUACUGUUAGAAUAUAUAUAUAUUUUUAAAGAUAAACUGAACAUUCUCAGGUCCUGUGUACACUAGCCAUGUGUGCCUGCUGUCAAUGACAAUAGAGUUCAACUCCUCCCAGGAGAUAGUGUUUGUGUUGCAUGGACUGAACGUGACACAGAUAAACAAACACAUCUACUUCUCAUUUACUCUCAUCCUAUACAUCUUCACCAUUUUUGUGAAUCUGAUACUGAUCGUUACCAUUUUUCUGGAGAAAAUGUUGCAUGAACCUAUGUAUUUAUUUCUCUGUAAUCUGUGUAUUAAUGGUAUCUAUGGUGCUUCAGCUUUCUACCCAAAGAUACUUUAUGACCUUUUAUUUGACUCUCAUGUGAUAACAUACCCUGGGUGCAUGACCCAGAUAUUGGUAAUCUACUCCUAUGCUUUCUGUGAAUUCACCAGCUUGACAGUGAUGGCAUAUGACAGGUAUGUUGCCAUCUGUAAACCGUUACAAUACCACUCUAUCAUGACUACUCGAAAAGUGUGGACACUGCUUCUUCUUACGUGGCUUUUCUCAUGGCUAGAAAGUGGCUUCGGCAUGGGAAUAACAGCUAAAUUACCCCUCUGUGGCAUCGACAUCGAUAAACUCUACUGCUCAAACUGGGCCAUCGUGAAGCUCUCAUGUGUUGACACCACUCUGAACAACCUCUACGGCUUCAUUGCCACUUUUUCUCACAUCUCUCAAAUGAUACUCAUCGUGAUUUCUUAUGUGAACAUCAUCAAAGCGUCUUUGCGUUCCCGUGCGGAGAGGAAGAAGUUCAUGCAGACCUGUCUGCCUCAUCUGAUCACCCUCACUAACUUCACCAUAUCCCUCACCUUCGAUGUGAUGUUUGCUCGCUACGGCAGCAACACCAGCCUGCUGGCCCUGAGGAAUAUCAUGGCGGUGGAGUUCCUAGUUGUGCCUCCUCUGGUGAACCCUAUCAUAUACGGGAUGAAACUCACUCAGAUUCGGAAUAGAGUUGGACAGAUGUUUAAACAUAAAGUUGCUGCCUUGACCUAAUUUAUUGUGGUGAUGUACUGUAGUGUGUAUCAACAUAUCUUUCUUGUUGAUCUAUUUUACAUAAAGCUUGACCAUUUUCAUUCACAAUUAAACACGUGGUACUUUAUUUAUUGAAAUAUUAAAAUUAUGAUAUUGGAUCCAUCAAUGGCCUUCGUCAGAAAAAUAUUUCAAGGACAUGUGUAAUAACCUUGGCUCACAUAUUUGUUGUUUUAAUGACAGAGAGCAUUUGGCGUCAUCUUCUUACCCUGACCAAUUAAGUGAAAUUAGCUGUGUAUAUGUCACAGGUGAGACAAAUGCCAUUUGAUUACUUUGCACGUUUUAGCCCAUGUACUCCUAAUCUAGUGCUUGCUAAUUGAGAAGUGUGAUUAGCUCCCUGUUGUUCCAUGCGAGAGGAUUUACUCUGCCCAAAAUCUGUACAUGAAAAAUAAUCCCACAAAGUGAGGAAUUUUUGUAUGUACACUACCGUUCAAAACUUUGGGGUCACUUAGACAUUUCCUUGUUUUUGAAGGAAAAGCACAUUUUUAGUCCAUUAAAAUAACGUCAAAUUGAUCAGAAAUACAGUGUAGACAUUGUUAAUGUUGUAAAUGACGAUUGUAGCCUCACAAGUCCUCAACUGACAGCUUGAUUAAAUAGUACCCACAAAACACCAGUCUCAACGUCAACAGUAAAGAGGCGACUUCAGGAUGCUGGCCUUCUAGGCAGAGUUGCAAAGAAAAAGCCAUAUUUCAGAUUGGCCAAUAAAAAGAAAAUAUAUAGAUGGACAAAAGAACAGACACUGGACAGAGGAUAUGAGACCCAUGGGAAAGUGCAGGUCAGAGGGAAACUAAAUUGUUGAAGCAGACAUUUGAGGUUGAAACUGUGGCAGAGCUAAGCCUAGGUUUUGCUAAGAGAAGUAUUGCUUGGAUGAAAUUAUGAUUUAAGUUGAUGCCAAGAUGCUUUCCCUCCACCUGCACUGAAAUCUGUUUUUGUUUGAUUGUGUUCACUAUUUUGUGUUAUCCUCCCUCUGUGUUUACUUAGCAAAGGCUAAUUUAGAUGGAAGCUAAAAUUGGGAGAGAAAUAAAUUAACUUGUGAACCUUU